AUGGUACUUUCCCUACAUGAUUUUCAUUUUCGUCAGUACACCCCUCUAUUGCGUAUACUAAACGCCAACGCUCGUAGCAGUAAAGCCCACUCUCGCCUCGGCGUCACCCUCAAUCCUCACGAUCGCCAUAGACUUUCUACUAUUCUCGACACUGUGCUCUCGUGGCGUUCCGCUGAUUUACUGUCAACCGAGCCAUCGCCAAAGGCUUCAUUUCCCUCUCCGCAGGUUUCGCUAUGCCCAUCGUCACCAUCUAGGAGGCUCUGCUUCUUUUCAUUAGGCUACUUGCCUAGCCGUGCCGGUCGUUACAUGGAUGCCUGCUUCUGGUGGUCACCAGGCCCGACUUCGCCAAGUCAGCCCGUCUAG